AUGUCUACCGCCGCCCGCCGUCGCUUGAUGCGUGACUUCAAGCGUAUGCAGACUGAUCCUCCCGCUGGCGUUUCCGCCUCGCCCGUCCCCGACAACGUCAUGACCUGGAACGCCGUGAUUAUUGGUCCCGCCGAUACUCCAUUCGAAGACGGUACUUUUAGACUCGUCAUGCAGUUCGAGGAGCAAUACCCCAACAAGCCACCCGCGGUCAAGUUCAUCAGCCAGAUGUUCCACCCGAAUGUCUACGCUACAGGAGAGCUUUGCUUGGAUAUCUUGCAGAACCGCUGGAGUCCUACAUAUGAUGUCGCGGCUGUGUUGACGAGCAUUCAGAGUUUGCUUAACGACCCAAACACGGGCUCCCCAGCGAACGUUGAAGCGUCGAACCUCUACAAGGAUAACCGCAAGGAGUACACGAAGCGGGUUCGUGAGACUGUCGAGAAGAGCUGGGACGAUUAA